UUAUUAUCUUUUAAUAAUAAUUUAUUUUAUAUAGAUCAACCUCAAACUCAACCAGUCCAAGUCAAUGCUGAUACAACGACACCAAGAGAUGAAAAGAAGAGCCCAUACCUCCCAUGGUUGAAUAGCACAUCUGSCAUUACAUCUAAAAAAGAAAUUAAACAUGAAGAAAAAAAUGACUUUGUUUUUAACUAUGCAUGCUCUGUGCUUUCUCUUGGUUUACUUUAUGAAGAAUUUAAUGAUGCCAUAAAGGAAGGAGAUGGCGAUAGAGAAGAACUGGUCUGGAAGGUUCUUCUGCUUGUUUUUAAAGCAAGAACUAAAACAAAAGGAAGCAGAAACAAAUACGCCUAUGAGGCUUUUCGGUAUUUAGCAUUAAUAAACUCUCUUUUGUCAGAACGGAUGGCACAUAAACUAAAAUGGGGAAGAUUUGUCAACACAGCAUCUGSUCAAGGCAAUAACAUUCCUUGUGACUUGAGGGUAGAGCAUGAGGUGAGGCAGAUUAAAGCUGUUUUUUCAUCUAUUGGGGGAAAGCUUGACCAAAAGAAUGCAAGGAGAAUGGUUAAUGCCCAGAACAAUCUAGAUAGCAUUACGCAUAAGUUUGACAAAGACCAGAAUGUAUCAAAACAGUCAAAARGCCACACCAAAAUGUCAUCUGAGAUUGACACUGAGAUAGUAUURAAUGAUAUAAUGAGAGGUGAUGUUUUCAAUUUCAUACCUGGAAGAUCACAUAAAGCUUUCCCUGACCAUGUCAAGUCUCCCACUCACAACCUUGACAUGAGUGCUGUGUUAAAGUGGAUAAAACGAUUGAUAAACAAAUUUUCUAAAGGUUACAACUGCACUGAUGAAUUUGCUGACAGUGAGGACGAAAAUGAAGAUGAAGAMUAGUGAGYAUAAAUUCCAACACUUCACACUAACUUAUA